AGCCCCACAGCGCCCCACAGCGCCCCCCCCAGCCCCACAGCGCCCCACAGCGCCCCCCCCAGCCCCACAGCGCCCCAUAGCGCCCCCCCCGCCCCCCGCCUGACGCUGGCCGUGCUCUGCUACGUCAACCUGCUCAACUACAUGGACCGCUUCACCCUCGCCAGUGUUCUCCCCGACAUUGAAGACUUUUUCGGCAUCGACGACGGGAAAUCCGGACUCAUACAGACAGUGUUCAUCCUCAGUUACCUGCUCCUCGCCCCCCUGUUCGGGUUCCUGGGCGACCGGUGCAGCCGGAAGCUCCUGAUCUGUGGGGCCAGCGCCCUCUGGUCCGCGGCCACGCUGGCCAGCAGCUUCGUGCCCCGGCAGGGCUUCUGGCUGCUGCUGCUGGGCCGGGCGCUGGUGGGGGUGGGGGAGGGCGGGUUCAGCACCGUUGGCCCCGCCCUCAUCGCUGACGUCAUCGCCGGCCCCGCCCGCACCACCGCAUUGGCCGCAUUCUACCUGGGGGUGCCGCUGGGCAGUGGUCUCGGUUACAUCAUUGGGGCCAAGGUCAAGGACGUGGCCACCGACUGGCGCUGGGCCCUCAGGGUGACCCCGGCGCUGGGUUUGGUGGCGCUGGCGCUGCUGGUGACGCUGGUGAGCGACCCCCCCCGGGGGGGGGCUGGAGCUGCCCCCCGCCGCGCCCCUCCCCCAGCCGCACUGGGCCAGCGACCUGCGCCAGCUGGCCACCAACCGCACGCUGGUGCUGUCCUCGGGCUUCAUGGCCAUGGCCUUUGUGACCGGGGGUGUCCCUAUAGGUACACCGGCCGCACGCUGGUGCUGUCCUCGUUGGGCUUCACGGCCGUGGCCUUUGUGACCGGGGCGCUGGCGCUCUGGGCCCCCGCGUUCCUGCAGCGCUGCCGCGUGGCCGCCGGGGACCUGCCCCCGUGUCACCAGGGACCGCGCUGCCACGGCGACGAGAGCCUGCUGUUCGGGCUGCUGACGUGCGUGUCGGGGGUGCUGGGGGUGGGGCUGGGGGCGGGGCUGUCCCGCUGGCUCCGCCCCCUGACCCCCCGGGGGGACCCGCUGCUGUGCGGGGGAGGGGUGCUGGGGGCCGCCCCCUGCCUGCUGCUGGCGCUGCUGUGCGCCCAGCCCUGCCCCCCUGCCACAUACGUUUUCAUCUUCGUGGGGGAGACGCUGCUGUCCCUGAACUGGGCCCUGGUGGCCGAUAUCCUGCUGGGCGUGGUGCCCCCGUGGCGCCGCUCGACGGCCUCGGCGCUGCAGGUGGGGGCGGCGCAUCUGCUGGGGGACGCGGGCAGCCCCUACCUGCUGGGACUGCUGAGCGACGCGCUGCGCGGCCCCGCCCCCUCGUGGCGGCGUUCGGCGCAGGCGCUGGGCCGCGCGCUGCUGCUCUGCCCCUUCGUGGCCGCGCUGGGGGGCGGGGCCUUCCUGGGCUCCGCCCUCUCGCUGCCGCGGGACCGCGCGCGGGCGCUGCGGGAGGCGCGAGGCCUCCCCCCCGAUGACGACGACGCCGACCCCGGUGACCUCGUCGUGCCCCACGGCGGCCGCCCCACCAAGGUGCCCGUGGCCCACGUGCUGGCCUGACCCACAAGUGACGCCGCCCCACAAGUGCCCCCCCCGCCCCCCA